CGAAUUGCACCUCCUUUGACCCCAUUGCGUCUUGCGCACCGCAGAGAUCCCAGGCACGUGGUCAUCGCGUGUGGUCAGCGUGGCCUGCUUGUGCCUUGAGGUCUGCAUCCCGAGUUUGCCGAAUGCCAGGUGACGAUGCUUACCCCGUAUCAGACAAGACUAGAGUGAAAAGGAAGCCAGGCCGCGGUGCUUAUGACAAGGACACAGUCCACAGCAUCCUGGACGAAGCGUUCCUGUGCCAUGUCGGCUACGUUGGCAAGGACGGGCAUCCGUUUGUCAUACCAACAGCGUAUGCAAGAGUUGGAGAGAAAAUCUACCUGCAUGGCCAUGCAUCAAACUACUUACUGAAAACCAUGAAGACUGGAGCGCCUGUGUGCGUGACGAUCACCAUCCUGGACGGCCUCGUCCUGGCCAGGAGCACAUUCCACCACUCCAUGAACUACCGCUCCGUCGUGAUCCUGGGCACCGCUGAGGCCGUGACCGAUGCAGCAGAGAAGAACACCGCCCUCGAGGCCAUUGUGGAACACAUUGUUCCGGGCAGGAGCGCAGAGGCUCGCGGUGCCACGGGACCAGAGCUCACAGCGACAUCAGUGGUUUCGCUGAUCCUGUCGGAAGUUUCUGCCAAGUGCCGCUCUGGGCCCCCGAUCGAUGACAAGGCAGACAUGUUGCUGCCUGUUUGGGCGGGAGUCCUGCCAUUUGGCAGCCUCACAGGCAUUGGGCAACCACAGCCAGACCCCCUGCUGGCGCCUGGCAUUGAAGUGGCUCCCUCGGUGGCAAACUACAAGCGCCCGUGAGCGGAAUUGCAUUGCAAUAUCAGCGCGCCAAAUUCUUCACAAAGACAUGACCAGUUCUCCGUUACUGCUCACCCACGUUCACAAUGGUUGUGCGUGCUGGCAUUGAAGCAGGACACUAGAGGACUUGUCCAGGCACUCACAGUAUUGGACCACCAAAAAUUUUGGUGGUUCAGUACAAGUUCUGUUUAUGUGCUAAUUCCUGUCCGUCAUAGUUGUGCUCGUCCAAAGAACUGCAAAAUAUCUACUCAGUUAAUUCAGAAGCUUACUUGCUAAUUCUGACCUAAUGGCUCACGAUAGAAAUUGAAUUAAUGGGAUAGCUGGUCUGGCCCGAAAGCAACCGAGAUUUCUUUUAAAAGCAAUAUUUCUGCUGUGU